CCUCCCUCUUCGCAAGACGGAGAGCGGAGGAGACGGCGGAAGCACGCAGACGACCGCGAGUCAACCAGCUCGCGCGACAAGAUCCGAUCAACGCAUAAAUCUUCCUCUUCGACUAAGCUCCCGCUCCAUAGCUCCAAGCGAAAGUCUGGCAGUCGCGAGCGGGACGUCACGACGACGACAACGACCACGUCUGAGAGGGGGACACCUAUAGUCAUUCGCAGGACUGUCUCGUCUUCGAUGGGCGUGCCGGAGAUGGACCGGCGCUCCAGCAGCGGUGAAGCGAGCAAGCCUGCCACCUCAUAUCCCACCUUCAGCAAGGCUCACAGUCGAGAGGCGGUGGGCAGUAGGGAAGACAUGAGCAAUACGAAGAAUGACAUAUUCACGCCAGAUACGACAGAGGUGGGUGAUGUCAAAGAGGCGCGACCCAGAUCAACUCCCGCAAAUACCAAAUCUCACCCCGCUCGGGCACCACCUAGUCCUCCACUUACGGCUGAUGAACCAGAUAUUCGGCGCUCAGAUGGCGGACGUCGUAGGAGCCCCGUGAAGGGCAGCAAGUCGGGCAAGUCGGGCACCAGUCUGCGCAAAGAGGCUCGAUUCGAUCAGUCAGAUAUAUCGAGUAUGCCGGGUACAUUUCCUGAGGAAGAGAGAAAGUCUACGCCAGCGAGCAAUUAUCGGCGGACCGAGUCUACGGCGUCACGCGAGCAUUCGACACUUACACAAGACACCCAAGAUACGACAGAUUCUGAUGCUACCUCAAUAGCCCCAGACCGAAAACCAGGGAAAAGACCGCAUACUGCUCCGCCAAAGGAAAGAGCAUCGCCGCCUUCUGUGACAGAUUCUCAGCCCAAGACUCCAACUCAAGAGCACGAAUUCCCUCGGCAUGUGCGAGCGACACCAGUGAUCGAUGUCGGAGCAGCGAAUACGCACACUUCAAAGUCCAUCGCAACUCCGUUGACCGCGAAGCACAUGCCGCCUCCACCUCCUCCACCGCCCCCACCACCGAUGGCAGGACCGAAAGAGGCGCCGCGGGUGGACUAUCUCUUGAAGAACGGUGGUCUGCCCAUGCCAGUGCCGAAGCGGUUGGUGCAGUCCAGCCUUACCAAUCCGAUCCAGCCCUACAAUGUCUACCAAUCGCCAGCGCUCAGCCAAGCGUCACCAAUGGAAGAGUACACGAGGGUCUUUUCGAAUAUACACAAGCGAUUGGACGAUUACAUGCAGGUACUACGAGGCAAUGGCUCACUGGCUGUAGCAACAGGAUACAAAUCAGUCGCUCGCCGAUUACUGGACAAGCUCUCGCAAGUCUUUGCACGAGACAUAUCCUCGCAAAGAUGUGACUGCGUAGUGUGCAAGACCACCCCUCAGCCGGCCCUUUCUGACGAGGAAGAUUCGGGCAUCAGCUGGGGCGAGAUUCUCGAAUUUGUGGCAGGUCGUCGGGAGCUACCACAAUGGCCGCCGUUCUCAAUACAGCCUGACGAUAGUGGACUAGGUAUUUCUGGGGCAACACAAGUGCCAAUGCAGAAGCUCGACAUCGACGUACCGGAAGAGUACAAGGACCACUACAUACGACAGAACCAGAAAACGAAGCGAGCAGUCCAAAGCUGGCUUUCACAGCAGCCAGAUUUCCCAUCGAGUCCCCCAGAGGAGGCUGACGAAGACACACUCAUGUUCGCGAUGAUGACCAAACUUACUGUGCAGCAACGCAAUCUGUUCAUUGCAUUGAUGCACGGUCAAAACUUUAUUUCUGAGGCCAGAGCGCCAACCCCUGCCGAGCGUCCCACCACGUCUUCAAAUGCAUUGAGACGUGCCAAGAAAGCUCUGCAGAGGCUCUACAGGCUGGAGAGACCCCCUCGAGACUGCGAAGCUGCCAUGUAUCUGCUUACGAACCCGCAUCUGCAUGGCAUGCUGGCGACCAUGGCAGAGGUAAAUGAGGCCGAAUGGGAAAUUCUAAUCUCUGGAAGAUUUGAUGGAUUCUUAUGGUCUGGCGCAGAGGCGGCAUUGCCUCCUUCCGCAUCUGCUUUCGCCUCUCCCGUGGCAUCUCGUGGUCCGUCUCGUGGCCCGAAUGCUACACCCUUUUCAAGAAACACCACUCCGUUCAGCGGCUUCAGCCCUGUCCCAUCACGAGGCACAACGCCUUUCGAAGGCGGCGCUGAGCACAUGCCCUCCAUGUUCCCAUCAAGAGGUCCGACACCUGGUGUGGGCGUCGGUGUUGCAGCGCCCGCACCCGUGCAGCUCGACGAAGACACCGAGAUUGCUGUCGUCGCUGAGCUCGAGCGCAAUCUCUUCAUGGAUAUGGAACGCCUCGAAGAUGCUUUCGAGAUCCUGCAUGGUCGUGCAGAAAUGGUGCGGCAGAUGCUACGUGAGCGAUCGGCAGGCUUGUCCGCUCAAGCACAACUGCGUCGGGGCAGCGGCUUCGGAGAUCCGGUCGGUGUACGACUUGACACCCCUGCAAGUGGAAUGACGGAAUUCGACGAGGAAGACGAUGAUGGUCUCGGUGACACAGCCAGUCUCGCACCUGACGACAGUGCCAGUCAGAUCAGCACCCGACGCCAUCGACAUCGACACCAGCGCAGGACACCUGGUCCCGAAGCUGUUCCAGAAGAAGACGAAAGCGUUUUCGAGGAGCAAGCCGAGCGGUCGCGUAAAGAUAGAGGAGGAUGA